CUUGAAAAGUUCAAGUCCAAUGCCCACCAUGGACUUUAGGAGAAAUUUCCAGCCUUGGGGAGACUACCUGGGAUUAUCUGAUGUGGUCCGAGAGAUAAUGGCUGACAACAAAACCCCGCCGUCACAACCGGAAGCUGCGUCUACUUCACGGACAUAUGCUCGGGGUGCGUUUUUUUGGAACAUGUGCGCUCAAAGAUGGGGAAUUAGUCCGAGAUGCGUUGCGUCUCCUCCGACGUCGUGCACCUGGAGACCAGAACUUUGUCCGCACUACGACCUUCCAGGCGCAGGAGGCUUUAAUGGUCGCAGGAGGUACUUGAACGCACCACCGCGCAUGAUGUGCGCCUUCUGCGAGCACAACGGGGAGUCCGAGGCGGUCUACAGGUCUCACUGGCUGAAGACGCUCUCCGGGGACGUGGCCUGCCCUUACCUGCGCAGGAGAAAAGCUGCCGUCGACUUCCCUGAGACACUGCGCGUCAAGACACCCGUGGAGACACACCUCCGACUAUCAGUGGACGAAGCCGAGCUGCUGACCGUCCCUGAUGGCUGGAAAGAGCAACCCUUCACCAGGGACGACAAUCCCCGUGGUUUGUUGGAGGAGAGCAGCUUCGCCACCCUGUUCCCUAAAUACAGGGAAGCCUACCUGAGAGAUUGCUGGCCGCUGGUGGAGAAGGCCUUAGGAGAGGUGAAUAUCAAAGCCUCCCUGGACGUGAUCGAGGGAAGCAUGAGCGUCUGCACCACAAGGAAAACCUUCGACCCCUACGCCAUCAUUAGAGCCCGGGAUCUCAUUAAGCUCCUUGCCAGGAGUGUUCCAUUUGAGCAGGCUGUACGCAUAUUACAGGACGACGUAGCGUGUGACAUCAUCAAGAUAGGCACCCUGGUGAGGAACAGGGAGAGGUUCGUGAAGCGAAGACAGCGUAUCAUCGGCCCCAAAGGAUCCACCCUGAAAGCUCUAGAGUUGUUGACCAACUGUUAUGUGAUGGUGCAGGGAAACACGGUCUCAGCAUUGGGACCCUUCAGCGGCCUUAAGGAGGUGCGCAAGGUUGUCAUGGACACAAUGAAAAACAUCCACCCCAUCUACAACAUCAAGACGCUGAUGAUCAAACGAGAACUGUCCAAAGAUACCGAGCUUCGCACACAGAACUGGGAGCGCUUCCUGCCCAAGUUCCGCCACAAGAACCUGGCCAAGCGCAAGGAGCCUAAAAAGAAAAGCGUGAAAAAGGAGUACACACCAUUCCCGCCGCAGCAGCCGGAUAGCCAGGUUGACAAGGAGCUGGCCACAGGAGAAUUCUUCCUGCAGGAAAGCGUGAAGAGGAGGAAGAAAAUGCAAGAAAAAAAGGUCAAGCAGGCCGAGGCACUGACCAAGAAGCAGGAGGAGAGAAACAAAGCUUUUAUUCCUCCCAAAGAGAAACCUUUAUUGAAGACGACUGCAAAAGCUCCUGUGAAAGGCAAGCUGGACAUUGACGCCCUGAAGGACAAAGUAAGGAAAGCCAAAAGCAAGAAACUGGGAGCUCCCCCUGUGACGCCAGCGCCCUCUGCCAGUGCGAGCACAGGCAAGAAGAAGAAAACAUCAAAAGGCAAAAGCUGAGCGCCACUGAUGUCAUGUGACGUUUUGUGUCAUGUGAUUUUGCGUUUGAUGGACUCUGAAGGCACAAAAAGAUAUAACCAAGAGACCAAUCCUGUCAGUUUUGCUAGGGUCAGUAUUUAUAUGUGAAAGCAUACUUAUGGACAACAGCUGGCUGGACUCGAAUCAUCCUGUAAUUUUUGAUAAAUGGAGUCCUUUUUACCCUU